GUUCAGUAGGGGUACGAGUCGACGAGGAUUUAAAGGCUUAAACCGCACCGAAAGGUAGAGUGAUGUAUUCACAUUUCAGGUGUUAACUUUGUGUGAGCGGGCGAGAGAGAGAGAUAGAGAGAGACAGAAGGGGCUCCUAAGAUGGAGAGCCAGAUGUCUGCGCGGCCGCCGUCCGUCACCCCCAGGAAGCACUCGGGGGUUCGAGUGAUGAUGACGCGGGGAGCGCAGCACCCCCUCGACGGCGCCUCCGCCCACGCGAGUUCCAGGAAAGAGAGCGGCGGCGGCGGCGGCGGCUCGAGCCCAGUGGACGCCCAGCGCGAAGUGGAGAUCCUGAACCACUGCUUCGACGACGUGGAGCGCUUCAUGUCGCGGCUGCAGCAGACGGCCGAGGCCCAGAGCGUCCUGAACCAGAGGAAGAAGCGGAGCAAGAAGAACAAGAAGAAGGACGGCGAAGACGACCUAUUGACCAUGAAGGCUUUACCUCCGCCAGAGUCUGAGUUUGUGGACAUCUUUCAGAAAAUCAAGUACUCCUUGUGUUUACUGCCCCGUCUGAAGCCAUUCAUCUCGCAACCGGAUGCACCGGAGCUGCUGCAUCACAUCUUCACGCCUCUCUCACUAAUGGUGAAAACCACCGGAGGCCCAGCGUUCGGCGCCUCUGUGAUCAGUCCCGCCAUGACGGGCGGCGCCGUCUCGCUCCUCCAGGAGCAUCUGACCGAGCCCGAAAAGGAGCUGUGGACGUCGUUAGGGCCCAACUGGACGUCACCACGGUCACAGCUCAGCGUGUCCGCGCCGUCGUACGCGCCCGUCUUCCUGGACGGCUGGCAGCCUCGGGCCUCCGACCCAACGGGCCGGCCGCUGGAGGACCCCAUCGAGUCUCAGCACAGACAAGACGCUGCCGCGGCAACAGCAGCGCUGCACAGCGAUGAGCACGAUGACCCAGAUGGAAAUGAGCCCCAACAAAACAGCGAGCUCCUGUACUGCUGCAGUUACGACUUUGUGGCAAGGAACAGCAGCGAACUGUCCGUGCUGCAGGGAGAAACGCUGGAGGUGAUCGAGUCGUCAAAGCGCUGGUGGAGGUGUCGGAACCGCUUCGGCCAGGUGGGAUUUGUCCCCUCCAACAUGUUGGAGCCGCUGUCUGCCGUGACCGAGAGCGAGAGAAAAAACCCGGUGGUCCGAAGGGACACCAAGAGGACGCCCAGCGCCUACCCAGCAAAAUACUUCUCCUAUGCUCCAACGAGCCCGGUUGGACUUAAUCCGAUGCCACAGCGGCCUCACAGCAUGGUGCCAACGUCCACAGCCAUGGGAGAAAACAACAACAGAGUGCUGAUCAUGAACGACGAGCUGAUUGAGCAAAUAAAUAGGAAGAGAGGCUCUCAAGCCUCAGGCGAGGCUGCUGUUCCCCUGAACUACCAGUCGUCACCUGCGGAGGUGACGGCCUGGCUCACCGCUAAAGGCAUCAGCAGCAGUGCCAUUAAAACUUUGGGCGUCUUAAACGGAGCGCAGCUGUUUUCCCUCAAUAAGGAGGAGUUGCGCAUGGUGACACCUGAUGAGGGUUCGAGGCUCUACAGCCAGAUAAUGGUGCAGAAGUCCAUCCUGGAGGAUGCGCACAAAGCCACAGAACUGGAGGCAGUGAUGCAGAAACAGAAGCUGAAGUCUGACCAGAUGGAGCAGAGUAAAGUAUUCUGAAGGCGAUUUCCACAUUUACUGGAACAGAUGUGGCUCCUUAGACAGACGUGUCCAACUUUGCUUGGAGAUCAUUUCUGGGCUAAAACCAGACUCUAAGAAGGUUUUCAGUAACACCUUAAUAAAAAGGUAUUUUUUGAAUUUUUUAUCUUUCCCAUUUUUUAAUUUUCUCUAUUUUUGUUUAAGCACUAUUUUUUAAAACACCACAAAUGAAAUAAGAUAAACUGACUGGUCCUCAGCACUAAAUGAACAGACUACAAAACCUUAUUGUGCACAUAAAGUGUUUUUGAUGCUACGGAACAGCUGCAAGUCCGAUGAGAAUUCAUUAUUUGCAUCUAACCUGUAAUUACAUACAGUAGUUUGGUUAAAUGUGGAUAUAUUGAUUUUAUCAGAUCACAAUAGAAUUUCGGUUAAGAUGUCGCAUAGGAUUAAAAUCCUCUGUGCAGCCUUAAAACAAAGGAUUUCUUCCAGUGAAUGUACUGAUGUGAAUAAAUAAAUGUGUAUUUUUGUAUAACA